AUGGCUUCUGAGCUAUUUCAAAACCUUACAGCCCCUAAUGGCCACUCUUUCCGACAGCCUUUGGGAAUAUUCAUCAAUAAUAAAUGGGUGGAAGCUAAAUCUAAAAAGAAUUUAACAGUCGUGAGCCCUAUUGAUGAGCAAGUCAUUACUAAAGUCCAUGCUGGUGGCUCAGAAGAUGUCGACGACGCCGUUGAGGCAGCCCGUGCUGCCCUGAAAGGACCCUGGGCCAGGCUCAGCGGCACUGAGCGCGGCGAACUGAUGAGAAGAUUGGCUGACUUGGCGGACAAGUUAACCGACACAUUCGCCUCCAUCGACAGCUGGAAUAACGGUAAACGUUUCUCAUCGGCACAGGGUGACGUGGGAGAAAUGACAAGCGUACUACGCUACUAUGCUGGGUUUGCUGAUAAGCUGUUCGGUCAAGUCAUCAAUACUACUGAGUCUAAGUUCGCCUACACCUCUCGAGAACCCAUCGGCGUCUGUGGCCAGAUCAUUCCAUGGAACUAUCCAUUAGGAAUGGCCGCUUGGAAGAUUGCACCUGCACUGGCUGCAGGCAACACAAUCAUCCUUAAGCCUGCCGAGCAAACGCCCUUAUCCAUCUUGGUUCUGGCAACGUUAAUUGAUAAGGCCGGUUUUCCACCUGGAGUCAUCAAUAUUGUCAACGGGCUUGGCCGUGUAGCCGGAGCCAGCUUGGCAGGACACAUAGGUGUCGAUAAGAUCGCUUUUACAGGAUCUACUAACACCGGAAGAGAGAUCAUGAAGUUGGCUGCUACUAACCUUAAGGAAAUUACGCUUGAGACAGGGGGGAAAUCACCCUUGAUUAUCUUUGAAGACGCAGAGCUCGAUAAUGCAACCAAGUGGGCACACUACGGCAUUAUGGCAAACCAGGGCCAGAUCUGUACCGCCACCAGCAGGCUUCUAGUCCAUGAGAGUAUCUAUGACAAGUUCAUCGAGCAUUUUGUCGAGCAAGUUAAGAAAACGUCUGUCGUUGGCGACCCUUUUGCUCCAGGCACAUUCCAAGGCCCUCAGAUCAGCAAGGCUCAGUACGAGCGUGUGCUAUCAUAUAUCGAGCAAGGUAAAAGUGAGGGUGCCACAUUGAGCUACGGUGGAAAGCCAGUUGGCGAAAAAGGCUUCUUCAUCGAACCAACCGUGUUCACCAAUGUGACGGAUAGCAUGACAAUCUAUCGUGAAGAGGUGUUUGGCCCUCUUGUCACCAUCAGUUCUUUCAAGACGGAAGAAGAAGCAAUCAAACGGGCCAACGAUUCCUUUUAUGGGCUAGGUGCAGCGAUUUUCACUGAGAAUAUCACAAGGGGGCACAUUAUUGCCAAGCAGAUUGAGGCAGGAAUGGUUUGGAUCAAUAGCAGCAAUGACUCGGACUUUAGGAUACCUUUUGGUGGUGUCAAGCAGUCAGGUAUCGGAAGAGAGCUGGGAGAAGCCGGCAUAUUGUCUUACACCACUGUUAAGGCGGUUCACGUAAACUUGGGAAACAGGCUGUGA